GAUGAGGUGGGGGAGCAAAGCGGGGUGUUCCUUGGUAGCUACUAAAGUAGCAGCAGGUGGCGAAAAGGCUUUAAGGCUGAAAGGAGCGGCUGAAGGACGCGUUAUCUUUUGUGUGGGCCUCGGUGGUCCAAAACCGAAAAAAAAGUCCAAUGGCAAAACUAAAGAUGAAAAACCGAAGAAAGGAAGGGACAGGAAGCAAAAAGACAAAGGUGAAGCCCAAUUACAAGCUGAACAAGAAGAAGCAGAAAGGCUUGAAAAGGAGAGACUUGAACGAGAGCACUUGAAAAAGCUUGAGGAAAAGUAUCAAGGAGCAAGGGAGUCUGAACUAGCAGAACUUAAUUCACUGGAACAGAAGUUUCUUUCUGCACAGCAGUGGAAAAUGGAUUACAGAGAACAAGCCAAGCACACAGAGAAGAAAUGUGGGCAAAGAGAAGCCUGUUUGGUGAUCAAAAUAUCAAUCCCCUACACCUUACCCCAAGAGUCACGAGGAAUUGUAAUUUCAGAUGUUCAGGAGUUUGUUUGCACUCAGCACUCCCCUAUUGUUGCUUUGUUUGAAGUCAGUGGGAAUGCUGAUGGAAGUGGUUGGGAAUGCAAUCCUUGGGAGCAUUACCUCAGCUGUGAUGGGAGUCCUGACCCCACUGUACCCCAGGAAAUGAACACUUUCAUGAGCUUGUGGCGUGAAGACCAAGAUGAGAGCGUUCAGCUUGUGAUGGAGAAGGGGGAAGUGGUGCUGAAGUUGAUUGAGAAGUUGGAGUUUCUUUUAUUGGAGGCAUCACCAAAUGAGAUCACAGAAGAACAACGGGUCCAGUACCAGGAAUUCAUUCUGCAGUUGCAGGUUCUGCUUCAUCAGAAGUACAAUGAGGCUACACAGAACCUGCUCAAAAUAGCUAGUAUGUAUGAAGACUCUGAGACUGGGAAUAUGCACACAGUCAUAAAGGAUAAAAAUACUACUUUCUGUAUUUGGGUCAAUCUGAAGAAGAAACCAAGGUUCAAAACCCACAUGUUCCAGGAGGCAGGGCAUGGCUUUGACCUGCCCAAAUCCCUGGCCCUGAGCAGCGUCGCCGUUCGUGUGCUGCACACCCGCUAUGACCACGUGUCCCCCCUGUGGCUGCAGUGCCAAGGACUGCCAAGGCAGGAGGCCUCAGACAACGAGGAGUCAGCUGAGCAUCCAAAAGACAACGGGCAAGAACCAGGAGAACAGGAGGAGAAAGGCAGGGAAGAACCCAGCGUGCCUGCUGCAGAAGAAACGCCUUCUAAGGAGAGAAAGGAGAGUGCUGCCUCAUUGACAGAAAACAGCAAUAACACAGAUGAUAAAAAAGAGACAGAGGAGGAAACUGAGAAGAAUUCAGACAUUUUGGACGAGCCAUCACAAGAAGAGGGCGCAGUGCUGCAGGAGGAGCCGGGCGGCAGAGAAGAGGCAGCAGAAGUUGUUGAUCCGCAGCAGCUGGUGCCCGUGGGGGGUGUGUACCACAUCGAUGCUCUGCAGCUGCCACCUCAGGCCCAGGACGUCAGGGGCUGGAGCAUGGUGGAGUUGCUGGAUGUUGGAUUGGAGGUGUAUCCAUAUUCCCCAGGAGAGGCUGAAGAUGGCACACAGGCAGCAGUACAGAUAACCCUCAGGCUCCCUGACAAUGUGAUUUAUUUUGAAGCGCCCGUGGUAGCCCGAUGGGAUCCUGCAGGCCAGCAGUGGAGAACUGAUGGCAUCAGCAACAUAACCUAUGAAGCACAGGAAAGGAGCAUCACCUUUGGGAUGGGUGCCUUUUAUACAGUAGCCCUUCUCCAGGAUGCUCACCUGAACCUGCCCUAUCAGGCCUGGGAAUUGCAGCCUACUGGUGUGGAUGAAGGGCUCUUCACAGUCACUGCAGUCUUUGCCACUAUUCAGAUACAAAUUAAGGAUAAUCAGUGUAUGUUGUCUUCAGUAGUGGUGGAAGAGGAGGAGGUGCUUUCCCACAUCACAGGACAAUGGAUGAGUCCUUUUGCCCUCAGAGAAGCUUUGAAAAGAGCUGGAGUGAACAUUUUCCCAGCAGAGCACUCUCACAAGUAUGUCCCUGUGCCCAGGAAGGCUGCCCUGGCAGAAGGGAAGGCCUAUGAACAGAUGGCUCUGCUUGCAGCUGCUUUUGCUUUUGCUCACAGCAAGUGGAAUGGAGAAGCAGGGCCAGAGCAAGUCGUGUUCAAGGUAAGUGAGCAUCUGAAAGCAGAUUCUGCCAAAGACAACCACUGGUCUCUUUAUAUGUUUAAUGGUGAGAAAGUACAAACCCUCAAGCUCACUGAAACCAGUGAAGCUUUUUCAGAAGAGCUGGAAGAAGAGUCUGAAUUUCACUCCACACUCUACCAUAUGCUCAAGGAUCUUGCCAGCAAGGAAGCCAUGGAUAAAGUGGAAAGAGCUGGCAGCCUGUUUAUUGAUUCUGUGUAUCAGCUGCUCCUUGCUACCAGAGUUUUAGCAUUCUCUUAGAUACUGUAUGCUUUCCUUUAAAACUUUAUUAUCAAAAGCUUUCAAUAAAGUUACAUUUCAUCCUU